CUUCAGUUGACAGAGUAUUUUACCUUUGACUAAGAGAUAAAAUACUUGAGUUUCUUUUCACUACUCUGCCUCAUUGACAAUUACAGAGAAGGUAUACACAAUAGUAGAAGACUUUAAUUCACCUUUGUCAGCAUGACAUCAAAGAUUCGGAAAACAAGUAAGAAUUUAAGACAUAGUAAAGACAAAGCAACUGGUCUCCAGACUCUACAGUCCAGUAUGAAAUGGCAUCACAUGGAGAACAUAGCUGCUUGCCUAUGGAAUGCAUACUCAGGCCUGUUAAGUGACCAAGCCAUGAUCCUCGCUAUCAACUCCAGCUUUGUAGAUCCCUUACUGCAGUUUGAAACCCAACUGAAGAUAAUAGAGUCCUCCUUUAAAAUAGUAUUUGCUAUACCAACUCUUGAGAAAGUGAAGGAAAUGGGAAACAAUGAAGAUGACCAAGAGGACCUGAAGAAUUUAUAUCAAAACAUUUUAAACACAUUUGAGGACACUCUUCUGAUCUUAGUGUCUAAAGACCUCUAUAAACUGCAAAUCUUAAAGAGACAUAAUUUUAAGAAUUCAAUUUUGGGAAGAUGGCAUCAACAAAACACUUAAGAAGCCAAAUGUUAUGUGGCAAUCUCUGGAGCUAAAGUGUCCUAUCUUCAUGGGUACCAUGGUAUCAGAGGAAAGCCUAACAACUGUCCAAAUCCCGACUUACAUCCAGACCUCACUGUGUUUUUAACAUCCCAGGCAGAGACAGGAGACUGCUCAAGAUGUCUUAUGAUCACGGGGGGCACUUGCCUGGAAAUACUGGGAAACCAGAACGACUUACUCUACCAGCAACAU